CUUCCCGGCAGAGCCAUGGCCGCUUUCCGCUUGGCCCUCAUCCAGCUUCAAGUUUCUUCCGUCAAAUCAGAUAACCUCACUCGAGCCUGUGGCCUUAUCUGGGAGGCAGCAAAGCAGGGAGCCAAAAUAGUUUCUCUGCCAGAAUGCUUUAAUUCUCCAUAUGGUACGAAAUAUUUUCCUGAAUAUGCAGAGAAAAUUCCUGGUGACUCCACACAGAAGCUUUCUGAAGUAGCAAAGGAGUGCAGCAUAUAUGUCAUUGGAGGUUCCAUUCCUGAAGAGGAUGCUGGGAAAUUAUAUAAUACCUGUGCUGUGUUUGGGCCUGAUGGAACUUUACUGGUAAAGCACAGAAAGCUCCAUCUGUUUGACAUUGAUGUUCCUGGGAAAAUCACAUUUCAAGAAUCUAAAACAUUGAGUCCUGGUGAUAGUUUCUCUACAUUUGAUACUCCUUACUGCAGAGUGGGCCUGGGCAUCUGCUAUGACAUCCGCUUUGCAGAGCUGGCACAAAUCUAUGCACAGAGAGGCUGCCAGCUGUUGGUAUAUCCUGCAGCUUUUAAUUUGACCACCGGACCAGCCCACUGGGAGUUGCUUCAGCGAGGCCGUGCUGUUGAUAAUCAGGUGUACGUGGCCACGGCAUCUCCUGCCCGGGAUGACAAAGCCUCCUAUGUUGCCUGGGGACACAGCACCGUUGUGAGUCCUUGGGGGGAGGUCCUUGUCAAAGCUGGCACUGAAGAAACGAUCGUGUAUUCAGACAUAGACCUGAAGAAGUUGGCUGAAAUACGCCAGCAAAUCCCCAUUUUUAGCCAGAAGCGCUCAGACCUCUAUGCAGUGGAGGCGAAAAAGCCCUAAUGUUUAUGUUUCCAACGUGUCAUGAAACAGGAAGAUAUGUUUCUACAACAUAAUCAACUCCCUUCUGAAUUCUUUAAUGGAGAUUCUUUUUUUUUUUUUUUUUUUUAAUUUCAGCCUUUUCCCUUCCUGGAUAGGGAAGCUCUCUGUUGAGGUGGUGGAGCAUCAACUGAUGCUGGUAUUCUCCACACCAUAUUAAAUAGUCAGAAAGGACUCAGUCUGGCAUAGACGAGCAGAAGGCAAGGGGAUGGCUGUAAGUCUUCCAUAUUCAGGUUAUCUCAAAGCAAUUAGUAAAAGUAUCAGAUCUUGGUAUCCUUAAUGGUUGAUUCACCAGAUAUGAAUAUAUCUGUGUCAUGAACCUCUUAUCUGAUUGUUGGAGUUGGAAUCCAUUACGUAGAAAACUUGUUCUUUAAGCAGUACCUUAAAGUUACAUUUUUGGUCUGUGAGUAGCUAUGGAAAGCAAGGUGAUGGAUCCUUGGUGUUGGCUAGAGGAGAUGGCAGCACCUUUCCUAGCAGCCUUUGGGCUCUUCAAAUUCAGGAAGGAGCUAACUAUUUAAGACCCCCUUAGUUUUAGGGGAAACAUUGUUUCAAUAAUGAGCCCCCUGGGAGAAUGGCAGUAGCAUAAUUUGGUCAAGGUAACUAAAGUGUGAGUCUCUGCAAAAGAUUUUCUUGAUAGGGGUGACUGUCUCUUUUUCUUUUUUCCCUAGUAACACUUUUAGCUUAAUAAAGGUAAGUUUUUAGCCUAGUGGUUUUCAGAAUCCUUUUACAUAAUUAAAAAUUAAGAAUUCCAUUGAG